AUGGAUCGUAGGUGGAUUCACAUACUUGAUAAGUUAUCACCAGAAUACGCUGCUGGUAUAAACAAUUUCAUAAGUGUUUCAAGUGAGUUCAGAAACUCUAGUGGAAUGGUAUUAUGCCCGUGUCGGCGAUGCAUGAAUAAACAAUCACAAUCUUUGAAUGUGAUCAAGUUACACUUGCUCACUCAUGGAUUUCUUAGUACUUAUACUACUUGGACCCACCAUGGUGAGGAAAUAGAGGGUGUUGAAGAUGAAGUGCUAGCCGAUGUUGAGGAUGCUGAAGCAACCGAUGAUUUGUCUGCAGGCUUACAAGAUGCUUUUGGUGGUCCAUAUUUUGAUAUCGGUCCAACGAGUGAUUUCAUUGACAAUGAAUUCCCUCGCAAUUCUAAUGACAAGUAUGAUGCCUUGUUAGAUUCGGUUCAUAAUCCUUUGUAUGAGAAUUGUACAAAGUUUUCUGUCCUAAGUGCUGUCGUAAAGUUAAUGAAUUUAAAGGUGAUUAACAAAUGGACAGAUAAAGGCUUUGAUGACCUUUUGAAGUGUCUUAAGGAAAUGUUACCCGAUGGUAAUCAUUGCCCGAUAAGUUAUUAUCAAACGAGGAGGCUUCUAUCUGAAGUAUGCUUGGGGUACGAGCAAAUUGAUGUGUGCCAAUAUGAUUGUGCAUUGUUUUAUGGUGAGAAUGCAAAUGCUACAAUGUGCCCUAUAUGCAAAUCUAGUCGUUAUGUGCGAAAUAAAAUUCCACAUAAACGACUUAGAUGGUUUCCAAUCAAGGCUCGACUGAAACGCUUGUUUAGCUCAAAGCAUACUGCCAAGGUUAUGCGAUGGAAUAAAGAGGUGCGCAAAGAUGAACCCGGUAUAUUACGUCAUCCAGCUGAUGGGGAUGCUUGGAAGCACUUUGACAAGACAUACCCUGAAUUUGCAGUGGAUUCGAGGAGUGUGAGAAUGGGACUAGCGUCAGAUGGGUUUAACCCUUUCUCAAACAUGACAUCCACGUACAGCUUAUGGCCUGUGAUAUUAAUUCCAUAUAACAUGCCGCCUUGGGCUUCUCCGAAUGGAACAAAUUAUCUCAUGUCAUUAUUAAUACCAGGGCCUAAAUCUCCUAGAAAGGAUUAUGAUGUGUUUUUGAGACCACUGAUUGAAGAACUUAAGGAGUUAUGGGAGGGAAUUGAGGCGUAUGAUUCAUAUGAAGGGUGUAUGUUUAAACUUCGAACCGCUAUCUUAUGGACAAUCAGUGAUUUUCCAGCUUAUGCCUAUUUAUCGAGAUGGAGCACUGCUGGGAAAUUAGCAUGCCCUAGUAGAGAGUAUGAUGGGGCUAAUGAGUUUCGUCCCCCACCUAGAACUUUUACUGGUACUAAAAUUUUAAAACAACUUGAACAAGUUCCAACUCGUACAACUGGUAAGGCCCCAAGUAAUUCUUCAAGCAAGCAGAAAAAUGUGUGUGAUAACAUUAUUGGAACCCUUUUAGAUAUUGAGGGUAAAUCAAAGGACACGUUGAAGGCUCGUAAAGAUUUAGAAAAUUUGAAUAUUCGCUCUGAUCUUUGGUUGAAGAAGUCAUCCAACAAUAAAAUUGAAAAACCCCAUGCAAGCUAUACUUUGACUAAAGAAGAAUGCAAGGAAUUUUGUAAAUUCAUUCGAAGUGUUAGAUUACCGGAUGGAUAUGCUUCGAAUAUAAGUCGAUGUGUAACUGAUAAUGACAAACUAGGAGGCAUGAAAAGCCAUGAUUGUCAUAUAUUACUUCAAAAAAUAUUACCAGUUGCCCUAUUACCUUUUUUGACAAAGGAAAUUCGAACAACUUUGAUUGAGCUAUGUCAAUUCUUUCAAAAGAUUUGUGCCAAAACUAUUCAAGUUGAUGACAUAACUAAAUUGAAGGAUGGAAUUGUUAUUAUCUUGUGUAAAUUAGAGAAAAUAUUCCCUCCUUCAUUUUUUACCGUAAUGGUCCAUCUUUGUGUCCACCUACCAGAUCAAGUAUUGUUAGGUGGUCCAGUUGCUUCACGAUGGAUGUUCGGGACUGAACGUCAUAUGGGGUUGUACAAAAAGUAUGUCAGAAACAUGUCAAGACCUGAUGGUUCAAUUGCCGAAGCUUUUGUUAUUGAUGAAGCUGUAACUUUCCUGUCAAGAUAUGUUUCUAACAUAGAGACGAGAUUCACACGUCCCGAGCGUAACUGGGAUUUUCCUUCUACAAGUCAUCAAUUUGACAUUUUCAAUUCCAAUGUUCGUCCAAUAGGCGCAUCAUCUACGAAGUUGUUGGAUUCUUUCAGUAAAACCGUUCAAUGGUAUAUACUGAAUAAUUGUGUUGAAGUUAUUCAAGACUAUCUCGACGAGCAUAAAACAUUGUUGGAAGAAAGGGGCCUUUCUGGUGAACAAAUUCUUACUGCCCAAAUGAAAGAAUUCCCUUCUUGGUUUAAGACAAAGAUAUCUAAACUCCGAGUUCAACAAUCUUCUCUUGCAAACGAUGAUUUAUAUUCUCUAUCACAAGGUCCUUUAGAACGAUACAUGAGUUAUCAUAGUUGUAUUGUAAAUGGUGUUCGAUUUUGGUGCAAGGAUCGUGAUGAUAAUCUUCGUACACAAUGUUCUGGAUGGUAUAACUCGAAUCCUAAAGGAAACUCUAUUUAUGUGGAUCAUAAUUUGACAUUCAUUAACACAUCCACAAAUUGGUUUCUCGACGAACCAUUCAUUUUGGCAACUCAAGCACAACAAGUUUUUUAUUUGCGUGAAAUGAAGCGUGGUUCAAAUUGGAGAAUUGUUCAAAAAGUAAAUCAUCGAUCGAUUUAUGACAUUCCAGAAAAACCCCAUGUCGAGGAUGACUCAUUGAAUAAUGAUAUUUUCCAAGAAGACCAUUCAUUUAUGCUGCCACCUUUCCAACCAACUGAGGAUUUGAUUGAUAGUUCCUCUUUAGUACGUACUGAUGUUGCACCUCUAAGUCUUUCAAGUGAAUUUGUUCAAAUGAAUAUUGGCAGAGACGUAGAUGAAGAUGAGUAUAUUGAUGUUAACGAAGAUUUUGAUGAUGGAGAUAUCUUCUUUGAUGAAGAUGUGAUAUGUUCUAGUGAUAGCGAGGCAGAAACUGACUUAGAAGAAGAAUUUGAUGAUGACAUAGAAUCUUGA